UUUAAGGUGUAAUGAAGCAAUGAAGAGAUCCCGGGAGCGUGUAGAUCCGAAUUAGAAGUGAGAGAAAAUAUUGAGGGCGAUGGAGACGAUGGCGGAUGCUGAGACAGCAAAGCCCAAGCCUCGACCAAUCAUCCGUCUUGGCCUCUUCCUUAUUUCUCACAGUUUCCUCCUUAGUGUGGUUUGUUGCGCUGCUGGGAUUUUUGCUCUCUUGCUCUUGCCUGUUCUCGCCAAAAACACCUACAUUUCCGAAAAUGCCCUCAUGCCUGGUUCUGCUAGUCCCAUGCUGUCGAAUGAUGACGUUUCACGGGCUAGAGCAUUUGUGAACAAGGUCGUUAGCUUUGAUUCCAAAUCUGAUAGCUCAAGAAUAGGAAUUCAAGAAUUGGUAGCGCAACAUAUUACAGAUUUGGGCGGUGAAGUGAAUUUUCACAAGUUCCUACCUCAAGUGAAUAAGUUUAACCCCCUGCAUUUUUUCUCCAGUCCUGAUCAAGGAAUAGUCCAGGAGAAUUAUACUUGUUCAUCAUAUGGUAUCAAUACAGUUGGAUUUAUAAGAGCUCCACGUGGCGACGGGAAGGAGGCUAUUGUGUUGGUGACCCCUUAUAAUUCUGUAAAGACCAGCACGGGUGAGGCUUUAUCACUAGGCAUUGCAUACUCAAUUUUCUCCCUGCUCACUCGAGUGACGUGGUUAGCUAAAGAUAUCAUAUGGCUUGCUGCGGAUUCACAGCACGGGGAAUAUGCUGCAGUUGCUGCAUGGCUAAGAGAGUAUCAUACACCAUCAUUUGAUGGUUCUGGGAGAAGUCUAUUUGAAUCAAGUGCGAGUCCAAUAACAGGAAGAAAGAGACACAAUGAUUUUCUACGUGCUGGCACAAUGGCUGCUGCCCUUGUCAUAAAGGUUACAGAUGGCGGUGAGAAAGCAGAGAGAGAUGUUCUCAAUUUAUAUGCUGAAGCUUCCAAUGGACAGAUGCCAAACCUUGAUCUGAUAAAUGUUGUGAACUAUUUGGCUGUAAACGGGCAGGGAUUACGGGUGAAGGUUGAGAAAUUAGGGUCAUUGCUUGACUCUGGGUGGUUGCGAAGUCUCGCUGAACUGUUUCACAAACUGGGCAAAGUGGUUAGAAGUUUGAAUCCCCAAUGGAACUUCGGUAUUUCUGUUGCAGAAUAUAUUGAAGGCACUGCUACACUUGUUAGCUCAUUAUAUAACCAGGCACUGGGUGUUCCCACAGGUCCUCAUGGUGUUUUUCGAGAUUAUCAAGUUGAUGCCAUUACUAUGGAAAUCUCAUCAAAACGUUUAGCAAACUACAAAAACAGACCAAGCGAGUUACUUUUGCAAGGUGGCAGAUUGGUUGAAGGAGUGAUCCGGUCUGUAAAUAAUCUGCUUGAGAAGUUUCACCAGUCAUUUUUUCUUUAUCUUUUGACGUCUCCGAAUAAAUUUGUGUCGGUUGGAGUCUACAUGAUACCGUUUGCCUUGCUUGUUGGUCCUCUUCCGAUGGUCGCAGCUUCUCUUUUCGCUGAUUCUAGCAGAAGUAAUUCUGGGAUGGAAAACAAGAUCACAUCUUCUCCAGCUUCUUCUGAUAUCCCAGCCAUCACAUUUGGAACCUGGAGAUGGCUUCACGCGGCCAAGACCGUGUUUAUUGUCCACUUUUGGGGUGCCAUUGUAGCAUUACUUCCGCAUUUUCUGUCCCUAGUACGAGAUUCACCACCUCUGACCAACCUCUCAAUCUGGAUCGUCCUUUCAGCGUUCACCCUCUUGAUCUUGCAAGCGAUUCUGGGUUCCUCCUUUUCUCUUCCACGCAAGAACCAAACCCAAGGAAUGGAAUGGACUCUCUUGAAAUCAGUCACAAUUGCUGCUGCAUGUACUGGACUUAGCAUAAUGUCAGUCAUAAACUUUGCAACUGCAGAAAUCGGAGCACUUAUGCUGGUCCCUUUGUGUUUAAUAGCUAGACCCUUGAGGCUCGAUGCAAAAGCUAAAACCUUGAAGUCAUUUAUUAGGGCAGCUUGCAAUGUAGUCUUGAUAUUUCUAGCUUUUCCUCCUGUCACUUAUUAUUUGUGGAAGGGAGCAUUAGUAGGUCUUGACAAUGCAAGCAUUGGUGACUUCUGGAACUGGGUUGAGUCUCUUUGGACAUGGAACAGUGCAACAUACAUAUACAUGUGUAUGGUUCAUCUUCCAUGCUGGGUUUUGUGUGCUCAUACGCUAGUGUAUCCUGGUUGAUGCACUGCAGUUUUCCUUUUUUUUUUUUUUUUCUUUCUGUAUUUGUAUACUAGAAAAAUGGAAUUGGGAGUGCAUUUAUGGUUACAUCAUCUUCCUUUCUUUCCAA